CUGGAUUACGCAACGACUGGAAUGGAAGGAAACCCGAAUGUAUUGGCCUAUGUACUUAACCUUUCCCUGUUACCCGUUGCUCGCCACCCCAUAUAUUUUCACCCUUAAGUCUCAGACUGAAAAUUCUAGAAAUGAAUGUAACUGAGGAAAAAGUCUUCGACUUUUAUCACUUCGGCCUUCCUUGUUAUCGGAAGUUGGUCAGAAACGUGAAUUAACUUAUACUGAUGGUGUGUGAAAAUCUUGUGACUUAAAAGUGAUGAUUUGACGGCUUUUAGUAUUUUAUCAUAAACUCGAAUCCAUUUUAAGUCCAGUAUUUCAGUCUCAGGCAACCACAUACAUCAUACAAGCACAUAUCAAAACAUAGAGAGGUCAUUCUGCUGCUGGCACCAGUACCAGGGUGGAUGCAUCGUGGAAGCAGACAUAUGCCUGGUAUUUGGAUACAGUAAACCACUGGCCUUCGUCUUCGCGGAAGGAAUCCUGGUAUCCAGAUAUUAGAAGAGCGAGCGCCUCUUUCUUCCAAACGUAACACGUCAAAUACAGAUUCAUCCCAGCCUGAGAAUACUUGAUUCGUCUGCUUCAUUAUGAGGUUCCGGUUCUGCGGAGAUCUGGACUGCCCAGAUUGGAUUCUUGCAGAAAUAAAUAUUUUGGCGCGUAUGACGUCAAUUAAAAUGAAGCUGCUUUGCCAGCAGGUAGCGCGGUCGCUUAUAGGAGAGGACAUCGACUACGACAAAGUUAAGAAGCUUACGGCGGAUGCAAAAUAUGACACUGGUGAUGUGAAGGGAUGCGUGGCAGCAGUGUCUUUCGUGCUAACAUCAGGUGCACGCCAUGGGGUGACAGAGGAAGCACUCUCUAGCGAACUGCAGCAGUUGGGGCUGCCACGUGAGCUGAGUGCUGCACUCUGUCGUGUCUACAGUGACAACCUACCUGCUAUUACUGCUGCUCUGCAUGACAACUCACUCCGCUUGAGCCAUCUGAAAGAUGUAAGCUGGCGUGUUGACUUGGUUGGUGGGUCAAAUGUUUUGUCUGUUGAUGGUGAAAUCAGACCAGAAGUGUGCUUGAAACUUCAGGUGCUUGAUUGUCUAACAGGAGAAGAAAAAUAUCACCAGUUUAAUGUGACAGAGGAUCAUUUAAACAUAAUGAUUGAUGAUAUGAAAAAGGUGACAGGCAUUAUUGAUGGCCUGUAGAACUUCCAGCUGUGAAAUACAUCAAUAUAAAACAGUGAAAAUCAAAAUUGCUUUGUUAUGAUGGAAUUCCAUUAAAUUGUUUUCUUUCCAGUAAUAAAUGAGAAAUGUAUUACUUGAUGAAAUGUUAAGAAAUUUGCAACUUCAUAUAAGUUACACCAUGCAUUUCUUAUGAGCAACUGUAUCAAUGGUAAUAAACACUUUUUUAUAUCAGAA